AGUCUGUAGAUUGUUCCAGUGCGAUUAGUGAGAUUAGUGAGAUUAGCGUCUUCUUUUUCUACUUGUCUGAAAUGGAGCUAAAAGGACUGGGGUUCGUCCCCCUCCUGUUGGCGUUUUGGUGUGCGGCCUGGCUUGCCACCAGCUACAUCAUGACGGUCGUCCUCGGCCAUGUCGCCUCGCCACUGAUGAGCAUCAGUGACGUGGGAAAUUUCUUUCCCGAAAGCAUAUUAUUCAGAAUUGGAUUCAUAGGGACGUCCAUUGGCACUUUGGUACUAACCUUUCUUAUUUAUAAGUAUAUGGUUAUGCAUACUGAAGAGUUCAUUGGUCAUCAGGUCCUGAUCCAGGGGAUCCUGCUGGCCAUUGUGUGGGCCUCCUGUUUUUCCACAGCUGUUAUGCAUGUAUUGUCCCCCGAAGAAUAUCCCAGGAUACACUUUGUCAGCACGAUAAUUUCCAUUACAUGUGAAGCCUUAUACUACCUUGGGCAGUCCAUCCAGAUGUAUAAAUUACCAGGAGCAAAAAAAGUCAUCCACCAUAGUAGAUGCACCUGCUGUGGCCUGACUUUUGUCUGUGUAGUUUUCUAUUUUGGAUAUGAAACAUUAAAGGAUUUAUUCUAUAAUGAUGAAGACUGGGACGAGAUCCGUGAAAUCCCCAUCAUAAUCAUGGAGUGGGUGAUGCUUCUACUGAUCCUGAUAAACAUCGUGACCUAUUAUUCCACCAUGCAGAGGUUAUUGUUGACCGUCUCCAGAAACAGCUGCACACUCUCUCUUAGAGUAAAAAUUGAUGACUUCGGGGUGUAGACCACCACGGGGGCCAUCAAGUGGACUUCUGGGAGAAAUACUGCACAGGAUACGGAAAACAUCUAAAGAAGAAUAACUGGGGGACUACAUAUGGUGCCAGUAAUCAUGGCACAAUAAUAUGAGCUGGUGAU